AUGCCUGUACAAACCAGCUCGCCGCCACUCCCGGACGCGUUCCCUUCCUUUAUGUCUGUGUUUGGCGAACGGUUACCUGAAUUUGCCGACAAGGAGGAGCGCGCUACGAUAGUCAAGCCGCUGAGGGUUCCUACGCAUGUCACCAUCAAUACGUCGCGACGCCCACUGCCCUUCAAGCAUCGGGAGAGCAUUUCAUCUAUGACAUCAGGCUCCACCGACUCAUCGCCUACCACCACCAUCUCCACAUUCGAUCCUCCCUCCGCCGUGGAUACGUCCCCGAGCUCCUCGCCAGAAUCCCGUCGUCGAUGCCGUUAUCAUAUCCUCCCUUCAUGCCAUACACCCUCAAGGCGGACCCAUGUGCCUCCGAAGGGCAUGCGCCGAAAACCCGCAAACCUCACGAUACGCACCCCCGGCUUUGAUCGGUCUUUUUCCAACACUGCCUCCGAGCUGGUCCCGCCUACCCCGCACGCCCUGCGACACACCGAGUCCUCGCCCUCCCUCACAUCCGUUUUCUCUCCGUCAUUUGGCCCAAAGGGUGGCAUGCAGUUGCCUCGACCAAUGACACAUCAUGGCGCUCGGCGACCGUCAGCCACUUCCGAGAGCAACUUUUCCCCGCUGCAAACGGUCGCGGAUGAAGGUGAAGGGUCGGUCGCUGGGGUGCUGCCUGAACUGGAGGAAGAAGAUGACCAUCUUGAAUCAAGGGAGUCGACCCGGCGCAGCGAGCGUGGGUAUCCGAAUGGACCCAUCCAGAUCUACGACUCGGGAGUUUUUCUCUACCUGGAGCCGACCGCUCAAGAAGCGUCACAAUUUGAUGUUGUCGUGAACGUGGCAAAGGAAGUGACCAAUCCGUUCACUAGCACGGGCGCUGGCACCGGUACGGUGAUGAGCACCUUGCGCAACGGGUUAACGCAUGCCAAGCGACUGUCGAACGGGGAGCCAUGGACGGCCGCCUCUGAAGUCUCCUUCAAGUCCGCGUUCGAGUACCCGCCAAGCGAAGCGUCAGUACCGGCCACCCCCCAGAACGACUCGCCUGGACCGGAAUAUGUCCACGUUGGCUGGGACCAUAACUCGGAAAUCCUGGACGACUUGUUCCCUCUGUGCGAGCUUAUCGACUCUCGGAUAGCCGACGGAAAGAAAGUGCUCGUGCAUUGUCAGCUCGGUGCUAGUCGGUCGGCCUCGUUGGUCAUCGCCUAUGGUCUCUACAAGAACCGAAAUCUCGAUUUCAACUCGAUGUACGAGAUUGUCAAAGGACGUAGUCGCUGGGUCAGUCCCAACAUGAGCCUGAUUUACCAGCUGACCGAUUUCCGCUCCCGCCUCCUUCGCGGCAACCUAUCGAAAGCGGCACCGGAGGAGUGGUUCGUCGGAGGACCGCGCCGGAGCUCUGAGCCUCAGCCGCCACACUCCGGCCGGACAGACGCUUCCCAAGCCAGUACUCCCGGUUACACAAGUGGCUGCUCCGAAGCCGGGCAAUUGUCCAAUGGUCUAUCACAGGCGUCUCUGAGCUCUGUUUCGGUGCCGUCCACCAACCAGGGCACGCCCCUCUCGACGGAGAAUUUGGGCUUCAAGCCUCUGUCUCAUAAGCGCAGUCUGUCCCCACGACCCCUACCUUUGCGGCAGAGCUCCUUUAGCACGGGGUCGACGGGCGGGUUUGUGCUACCUGAAUCCGGAGCCCUUGCAUGGCAUCCCCAGGUCGGUGGGCCGUUCUCCUUGGCCAAGACGGAUGUUUUUAUGCAGGACGGCUCGGACGGAGCGAACUCCCUUUUCUCCCCGAGGACGAAUGACUUCAUGGCUGCGCCUCUUUCUCGAUCAAUCUCGGAUUGCCUCGAGGACGAUGGCCCUGAUGGGCUGCGCUUCCGGACGCGAGUCGCGGACCCUCGGUCGCCACCUCCGGGGAAUGAGCGCCUGAUUAUGAGAAAUAUUGAUGAAUUUCUGUAA